UGUUUUUGAAUUUUUGCAGAAACUUGUUUCCAUCAAAUCUCAUUGCUGCAGCAUUUCGAUCGUAUGCAACUGAAUAUAAAGCAGUAGUAAGAAAUGCAACAAUAGGAAAUGUUACCAUUGAAAAGUAUAUCACCGAUUAUAAAGAGGUAAUAAAUGCUAACUUUGGGAACGCUACCAUUGAAAAGUUUCCCGUUGGCACUGAGACCGAAGGAAUGAAUAUCCUGGGGCUUGUCCUUUUUGCUCUGGUUUUGGGAGUAGCAUUGAAAAAGCUUGGUCCUGAAGGGGAGGAACUCAUUCGUUUCUUUAAUUCUUUCAAUGAAGCAACCAUGGUCUUGGUAUCUUGGAUUAUGUGGUAUGUACCUCUUGGCAUUAUGUUUCUCGUUGGAAGCAAGAUCGUGGAAAUGGAUGAUAUUAUCCUGCUGGUGACAAGCCUUGGAAAAUAUAUCUUUGCUUCAAUUCUGGGCCAUGUAAUCCAUGGAGGGAUCAUUUUACCACUUAUUUAUUUUUCAAUCACACGCAAAAACCCAUUCACCUUUCUGUUAGGACUUAUAACUCCACUUACAACUGCCUUUGCUACUUGUUCCAGCUCUGCAACUCUUCCGUCAAUGAUCAAAUGCAUUGAAGAUAACAAUGGGGUGGACAAACGAAUUAGCAGAUUUAUUUUGCCUAUUGGUGCUACUGUUAACAUGGAUGGAGCUGCUAUUUUCCAGUGCAUAGCUACUGUCUUUAUUGCUCAACUGAACAACUACAAACUCAAUAUUGGACAGAUCUUUACCAUUCUUGUUACUGCAACUGCAUCCAGUGUAGGAGCUGCUGGAAUCCCAGCUGGAGGAGUUCUAACCAUAGCUAUUAUCUUGGAGGCCAUUGGACUACCCACCAAUGAUAUCUCACUCAUAUUGGCAGUGGACUGGAUUGUGGACCGGACCACUACAGUUGUGAAUGUAGAAGGGGAUGCCUUCGGCGCUGGUAUCCUUCACUAUCUGAAUGAGAAAGAAACUAAGGAGAAGCAGGCAGAACUGAUUGAAGUCCAUGUAGAGGCUGUUCCAAACAUUAAGGCUGACGAAGAAACAUCACCUUUGGUCAUGCAGAAGAACCAGGCUCUGCCACCUAGCACUCUAUUGCCUAGCACUAAAGAUGUUGAAUCUAAAGAAUCAGUCCUAUGAAUGAGAGGGAUGUGGGGGUCAGUCUGCUGAUACUAUGUUUUUGUUUUGGAGACAACAUCUAACUCUGAGUAGGUACCGUUUGGUCUUAUGGAGUUCAGCAGGUGUAUCCCUUUCCUGCUCUGGUGGUGUGGAACACAAGUGGUAGCCAGCUGCAGACUACUGAGUAUGUGCAACAGUGUUGUGUGUGUGUGUGUGCAUGUGUGGUGUGCCCCCUCUCCACUCUGAGAAAAGAAACUUCUGCAAUAGAAUAUUGAUGUUUCACAUUUAUGUGUGCUAGUGCAAAUUAAGCCACACAUAUACCAAUGUGAAUGAAAGCUAUUUCAGCAAGGUCCCCCCCCCCCUUUUGUUGACAUACAGAUAUAUGGUAAAUGGCAAAGGUUAGAAUAUACCCAGUGAUGUCACCAUGUUAGCUUGAGUUAUACAGGAAGUAAGAUUGAGUUUCUCCAGUUAUUGUAUCAAACCUAUGUUGGAUUUUGAAAGAUGGCUUCUUCUCUUGGAGAAAUCAGAAAAAUCAAACUUAUUUGAGAAAGUAUGGAAAACUGCUGUUGAUCUGGGGCAUGAGUGGAUUUUCUGUCACUGGAUGUCCAGGGGGGACAUGGACCCACCCACCCCCGUAAAAUAGAACAAAACCACUUCUGUUUUUGAAAAACAGGGUGUUUUUUAAAACAGUGAACAGAAAGGAGUCUGCAAACUGUUCCUCUUGAAGGCUUCCUGUAGACUAGAGGCUUUUUGCUAUCUCUCUCUCUCAUUGGGGGGGGGGGGACAAAAAUAAUGAUCCAGGUUGAGGGCUGCAAAGAUAGCUUGGGGUAGGGGUUAUCUGCACCCUGCAGUCGGCAUUUUGCCAAUUCCUGUCUUUUAGAAUCUAAAUGGAAUCUAGCCAAUAUACACCAGAUAGGUAUGCUACUGGCAAUUUGUCCUGACAGUCCUGGAAAGUUCAUUUUUAAUGUUUAUUUCUGCCUUCCACAACCCCUUCCACAAGACAUAUAAAACAACUGUGUGUAUUGAACAUUUCAGUGGCCUGAUAUGAAAUGGCAAGAAGCUGGAUCCCCACCUACUGCUAUCUAAAAAUGUUCACCAUGACAUUCAUCUGGCAACUUCAAAGCCUUUUUUCAUGGAGGACACUUCUUUUUUUAAUACAGGUGACUGCUGUUCAUGCAGAGCAGAUGCAUUUGUGAUGAGUGUGAGAAUUCUGGAUGGCUUUUAACUAUAAUAUAAUGUUGACCUUGGUCCCAUUGAAGCAAGUGCUGAUUUAUGCUUCGUGUGAAGAUGCCCUAACUUUGCUUUUCUGUCUAUUGCUAGUACUGCAGGUUGUUGUUAACUGCCCUCGAGUUGGCUCUGACUUACGGCGACCCUGUGAAUGAGAUAUCGCCAAGACCCCCUGUCCACUGCUCUGCUUAGGUCCUGUAGAUUCAUGCCCGUAACCUCCUUGAUUCAGUCUAUCCAGAUAAACUUAGCUUAUUUGGAGGAAUACGUACCAGAGAAAGGCAUUGCACAGUGUUCCCUAUGAUGGUACCAGUUUGCAUUCUGCACAAGAGUUACAAAUUAAAAUUACAUGUUUGAACCUUCAGGAAGUUUCAGCAAUUAACUUAGCACUGAUUAAAAAUUAUCCUUAGUUAAUUUUGCACACAUUCUGGCAAGAAAUGAAACAGUUGAAAAAUCAUUUUUCCUAACAGUCUGAAGUAAUCUGAUUAGUAGAACUUGUAAAUUCACUAAUCCUCAGGGAAAUAUCUGAAUUUUCAAGUAACAAAUGCACAGUAAUAAAAAAGCAAAAUGAACUACAGUAGUCAUCUGCAAGCAAAAAGAGUCAAAAUAGACAAAAUGGUUUAAAUCCAGUUGCUGAUCCCAAUUAGAGUUAGCCCAUUAAACAAAUGCUUAAUGGUUAGUCAGUGUUUAUGUUAUGUCCCAUUGAUUCAAUGGAUCUAUUAUACUUGGAAUUAGUAAUUGGAUAUAGUCCUUUAUCUAUUUUUGAAAUGUAAAACUGGUAAACUGUGGAGUUGCCAAUCCAUCUGAAUCAGUCUGUGGAUGGAUGGUUUAAUCUUUUUUCACUGUACCAUUUCUCCAAUAUUAAAGAGCCCUGUCCUGCUACUGUGAGGUGUGUAAGGUGUGGGGAAGGAAAGUUGUCAUACUUCUCUUACCUACAUUAAUUGGUACAUUGUUAUAAGUUAGAAUUAGAGAGGGGCUCAGUUGUAUGUAACUUCUUUGUUUUGAAAGAACUCAAGAGCCUUGCUGGAUCAGACCCAAAGCCUAUCUUAUCCAGCGUCAUAUUUCCUAUGGUGGCCAACAUACAAAGUCCAUAAGCGGAACAUGAGAGCAAUAGUCCCCAGCUCUCAGGUUUUCCUCCAGCAGCUGGUAUACAGAGGCACAGUGCCUUUGAUGUUGCAGGUAAUAUGUAGAACCCAUAACUAGUAGCCAUUGACAGCCUUAUCCUUCCAUUAAGUUUUUUAUUUCUUGAGUACUUUGUAUUUCCUGAGUCCCCAGCUUCAAUCAGUGAAACCAUCUUCUAAUAUUAUGGCAGAGGAAGAGAAGAGUCUUUCUGUUUCCUCUGCAUCAUGAAUAACUAUCCACAUACUCAGCCAUUUUUUUUUCUGAGCUGGAAAGCCCCAAAUAUUGUAGCCAUCUAUCCUAGGAUAGAUGAUCUAGCCCCUUGAUGAUUUUGCCUUAUCUUUUCUGUACUUUUCCGAGUGUUACAGUAUCUUUUGUGAGAUGUGAGUACUAGGACCAUGUACAUUAUUCCAAGUGUGGUAAAAGGCAAGACACUAGAAAGCAGAAAAUGACUAAGCAAAGGUUCAGUGGCAAGUGGGGUGGGAAGAGAGUGUACAUAUAGCACCAAGAGAAGGUAGUACACUUUUCUUUUCACUGAAGCAACAAUUUCUUGUCUGGGCUAAACCUUUUCAGACUGCUGGUGGGACUCACAUGGUUGACUUUUCUCUAUUGGGAAAAAUAUUUUUCCAUGUAGAAAACUCCUAUUUCUGAAGAUGAACCACAUUCUCUUCUUUAUUAGUUUUCUGUGUCGAGAGACUUGGUGGUGUGGGGUGAAAAAGCAUUUGAUUGAGCCCCAUCAGAGUUUGGAUUGGUAUAGUACAAAGAUCCCCUCACUCUAGUGAAACAUGCGCUGUCUAUGAGCCAUGACUGACUGUGUAAAGGAAUUCAAUCAGUUACCUGCUUAGGCACACACUUCUCCCUAGCUGUUGUGUUCACUGUAACGCAACACAAUAUUGUAUUGUACACACAGAAAACAUGUAUCUUGAUGUGAGCUUAAAACAUAUUUGCAGAAGUGGAAAGGAGGAAGGAGGAAUUAAGUCUUUAUGACCAAUGAACUGUCAUAAAUUAUGUUAGGAGGGAAAAACCUCUGCCUGCUUUGCCAAAUACUCUCUGCUGUUCAUGUCUAAAGAGUACUGGGAAGUGAGGAAGCACUGUUAAAAUGGUACAGGCUACUGCCAGCAAGGUGAUUUAGCUACCUGUUGGGGAUUGAAAUCACCUAACACAGUAUUGCCAGCUAGUCUGUUUUGUUGCUGAUGCUUCUGUCUUGGACCACUGUAUGAUAUUUGAAUAAAAAGCUGUUCAGCAAGAUCUCUUCACAUGACAAAACUGGGCUGGUCUGAGAGAGAGUUUGAAUUAUUGCUGGGACAAUAAAAGCCUCUGGUGAUCUUGCACUUUAGUGAAGCUACUUUUUCAUACCCUUUUAGGGAGCUUAGGAUCUGAAUUUCAGGCAGAGCUGGAAAAAAGUUAAUUGAGAUGAAAGAAAAACAGUUGUUUUUCAGUAUCAUCCUCAAUACUAAUUUUUGGUCAGGUUCAGCAUAAUUACUGAAAGCAAGUUUCCACUCUUCUUAUUUUGAAAAACAAGCCUGCAUUUCCACUGACUGUCUCUAACAAAUCCCUUUAAAAGGGCUCUUAUAUAUCUUUCUCUUUGUCAUGGGCAGGGUAAUCAAGAUGAUAAGCAGUUGGUAACUGCACAGGAUAAGUACUUUUGGCAGCAAGCAACUUAUUUGGUUAUCUACCAGGCAAUCCCUGGACCAAAGCCAAGGUUAUGAUAUCCUUUCUCCCUAAGUGCUGAGUACAUUUUGUAACACAUGUCCUUUUGUACCUUGCCAACAAGCAAAUUUAGCUGCUUUUUGUACAUGGGUGCUAUAAAAUUCCUCAAGUGCCCUGUACCAUUCUAAACUAGGAGAUGCCCAUCGGCCAUGUAGGAAACCACCUUUUGCAGUUUCACACUGACCUCAGUAACCCAGUAGAAGUAAUGUCUACUUCGAUUGGCAGCUGCUGGCAGCUGUUUUCCAGGUUAUCUAUACUGACCUUUUGCAUCACCUGCAAAUAUGGUAGGUCCUCCAUAAUUCCUGAUGUCAGGAAUUGACUGCCCUUUACUUUUUGUACCAUUUUUGUCUUUUCUAGCGAUUCAUGCCUUUUCAUGAUGUGGCAAAAGUAUGACAGCCUCAGUUUAGUCAUCCUAGAGUUCAGGCUUGAUUUGUUCUGGGACCCAUUUGUUUGUCUUCUUUGCUGUCCAUGGUAUCCUCAGCACUCUUCUUCAGCAUCACAUCUGAAAUGGGUUUUUCCCCCCUAUUGGCUUUCUUUACUGUCCAGCUUUCACAUCUGUACAUAGCGAUGGGGCCAUUCAAAAGCCAUGCUUGAUUAUAACUUGAUGAUCAUCACUUUAGUGUUCAGAAUUAUAUCUUUACAUUUUAGAAUCUUGUCUAGUUCUUUCUAUGGCUGACCUUCCCAUUCCUUAGUCGUCUUCUAAUUUCUUGACUGAAGUCUCUGUUCUGAUCAAUAUUUGAUCCAAGAUGUGGGACCUCUUUAUUUAUUUUUUUUCAUUGUCUAGGAUGAAUUCUUGAAGAUCUUCCAUGGUUAUUAUUUUUGUUUUCUUAAUGAUCAACAUUAAGCCUAACUUGGUACUUUUCUCCUUGAUCUUUUUCAGUAAAUGCUCUAGCAAAACCCAACAAUUGUCUUUGUUAAUUUUUGCUAGUAGUAUUGUGUUGUCUGAAUAUCUUAGGUUAUUAAUGUACCUUUCUCUGAUGUUCACUCCUCCUGCAUCUGCUUCUAAGCUUGCACUGUGUACUUUAUUUUAUACGUGUGGGUUGAAUAAAUAGGGUGAUAGCAUACAGCCUUGCCUGACCCCUUUUCCGAUUGGGACAAAGUCUAUUUGCAUAACCCAACCUAUUAGGAAGUGGAGUAGUCUGCUCAAGCCAGAAAGUCUUUGCUGUUAAAAUGUAAGAUACAACAAAAGGAAGGAAGGCAGCUAGAUUUAUGAAAUACAUACACUGUAUUUGUGGCAAUGAUUUUUAAAAUACUGCAAUUGAAGGCAUUUUUAAGAGGAUUGAAGUCUAAAAACAUUUUAGGUUUCAGAGUGUGUUUUGGCCUGUUCCAAAAGGGUUGCCAGUUGCCACAAAAUGCACACAAGUAUUCCACUGAUAGUGUUAUUAAUAAGAAUGUCUCCUAUGUCAGUACAGGCAUCGUAGGCAAAAGGGAUUUCAAAAGCCAUGCAAGGAAAGAGGCUAGCUGCAUAUUACAGCUGUAAAUGCCAGGAUACUAGUUCCUAUUUUAAACAAGCAGUUAAUUUUUAUCAGGGAAGGAAUGGAUACAGUUAUCAAAAAGGAAGUGAACUGGUUAGCGUGGCACAGUUGAAGGGUGGUGGUGGCAGUGGCGGCAAAAUCAAAGCUUAUAAGUCAGUGGAGACUUGGGAGAAAACUUUAUAUAGCUUAAAGAGAGCUGAGAUGCUGCAUUGUUUCCAGCCUAAUUUGAAUGUCUGCAACCUUUUGUCCUACAUUCCAUUUUAAGACUGAGCAAAAAACAGACUCUGUGAGUUUAACACCAGCUAGCUUUUUUUCUUCCCUCCUGUUUACCAUAUAGCCAGGACUGGACGCCUUCUGUUGUUUGCACUGCAAGUCCUACCAGACCUGGCCAACAUAGUCAGUUUUAUGAGGAAUGCUGGGAGCAACAGCCUAACAACAUGUGAAGGACUGCACUGUGCCAGUCAUGUUCUAGUCUGAUGAAGAGUUCUGGAGUAUUUGAAAGCUUGCACACUGUUUUGUGACCUUUGGUUUUAUCUAAUCAAUGUUCAUGUCUGGACAUGGAUUUUGUGCCCCAAGAGUCUGCAAGCAUCCAUCCACAGCCUAAUUCACUGCUGCACUGAAUGUGAACCAGUCAGUGCAAGGAUGAAUAUUUGUAUCAGCAUGAAAUCUGUGUGAUAAAAAGCCCUGCAGUAUAAGAAGUCCAAGAUUAUAAACAAGCACUAUGACACCACCUGCCUUAUUGUAUCUUACUUAAGGUGCUUUGACCUGCUCAAUUCUAAUCAGUUCUGCUGUUGACCAGUGCUUAUUUCCCUAUGUGUAUUAACUAUGCAUAAUCAGAUAUAGAAUCGCCUGUUGCUAAAAAUACUUUUUACCAAUGUCCCAGAAAUAUGAAGGCAAAAUUACACUUUAUUAAUGCAAUCAGCAAUUGUAUGGUUGGUGGAUUUCUUUUUUUAGAAAUGUAGAAAGUCCAGAUUCAGACAGGGGUCCCCAUCAGAUAUCCUGAUUAAGAUUGCUUCCACAGCUGUUAUUUGCACUGGAAAGACUACUUCCAUAGGCAUCAACUGAGCUGUUGGCUAUCCCUGUUGCCUAGUGGGGCCAGGACAGAAAACCUUUCGUUCUGUAUCAUUAGUUCAAUAUAAUUCUGCAUUUAUAAUGAGCACGGUUAUUUUAUAUCACACUUUUUCUGUUCUAGUAGAUUUCAGAGGAAUAUAAGGUGCAUCCCUAAAAAUGAAUGAAGUUCAGAUGUAGCAUCUAUUUGUUGGCUGUACAAAUAAACCACUCCAUUGUCUAAAAUUUCUUACCUUAUGAACGAAAUGUUCUUAAUAUAUAUUUUGUCCACAAAGCACCAUCAAGUCCUGGUCACUGUGAGGGACCAAGUAUAUGUGCACGUCUGAGUGUGUGUGCGCGUGGGUAAAGAUAGUUUGUGUAGAUAUGUGACUGUAGAGUUGACGUUAUAAUAUUGUCACCUUGACAUGUGAGGAGAUCUGCAGCUCCUCUGCUUGCCACUGGAGGAAAAGCUAAUGAAUUGUGUCAACUUACUUUAUAACUCAACAACCAAGAACUCUCACUCCCAAAUGGUCACAUGUUUGUUAUUGUUUUUCUGAACCUGAAAUAAAAAAAUCCUUUAGACUGAA